CGUGUUCCACGCCAAAAAUUACAGUUAAAAAUGAGCUUCACUACGUCGCUGUAUGGCGCCAGGAAUUGCCCGCCCGACUAAUCUAUUCGCAAGUUUGCCCCGCAAGCUAGCAGAAGGCCAGUAGCUAGCCAGCUCGCGCCGGACGGCAGUGCCAGCGCCCGCGCCAACGCGACGGCCGCGUGGACGGAUCGGACCGGACACGCCACGCGGGCUAGCUCCCUCGGAGAAACCGAUAACUAUGCCGUCGCCUCGGCAUUGGAAGGCUCCCCCCUCUGUCCCCGUCGCUUGCUCGCUCGUUCGCUUUCCACGGGUUACUAGUUGCGCGCGGCCGUGCUUAUGCGAGGCUGGGAGAUGCGCGCGCGGUAGUGGUCGCGAGGAGGCAGCAGGGGCGAUCGAGUCCCGUGAUCGUCGGCGUUUCAUCAGGAUUUGAGGUCUGGCUUCCGGUUGCCGGUGCAAGGUAUGCAUGCGCAUCAUCAAUGGCUCGAGUACAAAAAAAAUAAAGAUCCUACCGAAGGUAUCAAAGGUAGAAGGCUCCUAGGUUGGGUACUUGGUUUAUGGGUGUCUGAUGGGUGAACGUCUGCGUGCGAGUUGCGUAUAUGUGCUUACUAAGUGCUAGCUUUUAGUACAAUUUACUUGUAGCGAUGUUUUUGUAAUCUGCUGAGGACAGAGAAUUCAGAAGAUAAGGAACACGAUCCUGUCGUUCUUGUUUCAUCAUUUUGAUAAGUUUGUGAGAUGGGGGAUUGCUAGAAUGUGUGACUAGGUCAUGCCGGCGAUUUUCAUUCUAUUUUGUUUCUCAUGCCUUCUCCGGUUUAGAUAUUUUUGGAGGAUUUGUAUCCCUUGGCGAUUCUAUUUAACCUGGCUUCAACAUUGAGUUUGGGUCCAACCGUUCGUCAGUUCGUGAUGGCAGUUUACUUGUACCUGCCUCUUGUCAAUCCGAUGAUUAUCGAGAAAAGAACUUUUGAGCAUCUCGCUGUUGAAAAUCUGAGAUUGCUGAUACUUUCACGUAAAAAAUUGCAGAAAUAAAAAACAGCAAUGGCAUCUACAAAUCCAAAUGUGGUCUUCCUCGUCUUCAUCGUCAUUCUUGUCAUAGUCAUCGUAAUCCUGCUUGGUAUCUGCUGGAAGUUCCUCAAGCCAAAUAUCAUGAGGAAAGUGAUGAGGUCAAGGAGCUCUGCUUCAGAGGUACCUGAGUACUUCAGCAGUAAUAUGAGUGGAAACCUGAGAACGAUAACUUACUUUGAUUAUGCUACACUGAAGAAGGCAACGAGGGAUUUCCACCAGAAAAACCAGCUUGGAAGAGGUGGCUUUGGUCCUGUUUAUCUGGGGAAACUAGACGACGGAAGGAAAGUUGCAGUGAAGCAACUCAGCGUUGGCAAGUCUGGGCAGGGUGAAUCAGAGUUCUUCGCCGAAGUGAACAUGAUCACAAGCAUCCAGCACAAGAAUCUCGUUCGCCUCGUUGGGUGCUGCUCGGAGGGAUCGCAACGACUGCUAGUGUACGAGUUCAUGAAAAACAAGAGCCUGGACAAGAUAUUAUUUGGGGGUGAUGGCUCGUCGUUUCUGAACUGGAAAACCAGGCACCAGAUCAUCAUCGGCAUUGCGCGGGGUCUGCAGUACCUCCACGAGGAGUCGAACCUGAGGAUCGUUCAUCGCGACAUCAAGGCCAGCAACAUCCUCCUGGACGACAAGUUCCAGCCCAAGAUCAGCGACUUUGGCCUGGCCAGGUUCUUCCCUGAGGACCAGACAUACCUCAGUACUGCGUUUGCUGGCACACUGGGCUACACUGCACCUGAGUACGCCAUCAGAGGGGAGCUCACGGUGAAAGCCGACACCUACAGCUUCGGCGUGCUCGUUCUCGAGAUCAUCAGCAGCAGGAAGAACACAGAUCUCUCUCUCCCAAACGAAAUGCAGUACCUUCCUGAACAUGCAUGGAGGCUCUACGAGCAUUCCAAGAUCCUCGAGCUCGUCGAUUCGACGGUGCAGACCGACGGGUUCGACGAGAAGGAGGCCCAGCAGGUGUGCCAAAUCGCGCUGCUGUGCGUGCAGCCGUACCCAAACCUGCGUCCAGCGAUGUCGGAGGUGGUGCUGAUGCUGACGAUGAAGAGCGAUCAGUCCAUCCCGGCACCGAUGAAGCCAGCGUUCCUGGACAGGAAGAGACUCAAGGACAAGAACGUGACGUCGGACACGGCGGCGGAGAUGAGGUCGGCGUCGUACUGGCUCAACACACCGUCGCCCAUGAUCGACAAGCCGUACGACAUGAGCUGUGGCAUAUAGUGUGACGCUGAAGUCACAUUGCGAGUAAGAACUGUUCCAUAUUCAGGGAUUCAGGGAACUCAUGUUUCAGCAACAGAGGUGCUGUGAAUCCGACACAAAUAUUGUCGGAUGCCUAUUUCUGCGCACUCUUAGUCUUGUACAAACUCGUGCAGCACUAGCUUUUUUUUAAAAAAAAUAAUGAGUGCUGUAAACUUGAUCGAUGUUAGGAAAACGCGGGAGAGAGAUUUACAGUGUUCAUUUACAUACAUAGUUUACACUCUUCUUGGCUAAGAACUCAGAAUUUACGGUGAUCCACCGAUGUAUUAUACAGGGCAUCACUUUGUUACGAGAUCGUCAGGCUAAACUGUGUGGUGUUUUUGUUUUCCACAGUUAUCUAAAGGUUGGGGUUUUCAUGUAAUAAUUUAAGAGUAUAAUAUUUGCUUUGUCUUUCCUGCAGAUAUGAGCAACUUCUG